GUUAAACCUCUCUCUCUCUCUCUAAAAAAAAAAAAAAAACUCACAUAUCUUCUUCCAUUGAAGCUCAGAUACUAUGGUUGCUCCACUACCUCGAUCUUUGUAAGUUUUUGAGGAAUGUCUUCAAGAUUUUGGGAUUGAUCUAAUCUCCAUUGAAGUCAUAAACCGGUCUAGAUCUUCAACCACGACGAUUGAGUUGCUUGAAUAUCAGAAUCGUCUAGUACUUUUCAGAGGUCGACAUCGUAAACAUCAUAAGACAUGAAUUUGACCAUAACGGUGAUGCAACUGCCAGUACCAACCAGAUGGUCCGUAGAAGAGAUAACCCCGCUUCCAAUCACGUCCUAAUCGGUGAUAAGAUUGUUUCGAUUUGAGAAAAUCCUCAAAAUCAGAUUUUACCUUCUUUUUCAGGUCCGAACGGACCUCCACCGUGAUAGUGUCUCCGAGUUCAUGAAACCUUAGCACCGAGAAAGGUGUGUUGAAUGGCCUGAUCGACCAUCAAGGUAGAGGAGGAUGCCGUUUGGUUUCUUCCCUAAGACGAGUUUGAUACGGAGGUCCGGGGGCAGCGCCCUUAGGUGCAAGGUUCUAAGGUUGCAGCCCUUUGGCGAGGAAAAGAAGCAGCCUAAACUACUUGCAGAAUCCCCUGCCAGAAGAAAGAGAAUUGCUCAAGAAUCUGGAAAGACCGAGCAACAGGUGAGCCAACUUGUGGCUCAACUAUUUCAAAUGCGCAAUCAAAUCCGAACAAAAGGGACUACGAGGAGGAAGAGAAAAUCAGAGUCGAGGAAACAAUUUGUAGGGUCAGCAGGACGGCCAAAUCCCCACGGUUUUGGUGGUGGCAACCGAAGAAAAUAAUAAUCUUUUCGGAUUAGUAGAUAGAAUAAUAUUAGAUGAUUUAGCCUUCAAAAGAGAAAGGUGUAAAGCAGCUUACGGCUUUCGUGCAAAAUUACAUAAAAACUAAUCGAAACAGCUUUUGAGAACCAAUAAUUUUUUUUAUUCAAAUGAUGAUAUAGAACUGGGG